GCUGCGAGCUGCAAUUCUCGUGCAUUUCUACCGCAGUGACACCCGUCGGUGUUGAACCGCCCAUACGGAAACAACGACUAUCCUCCCAUCGCAAUCGGAGAACGUGGUCAGACUGCGAGGUCACCGGAGCCUGCCGGCCGGACCAUGGGUCGCUACUCGGGGAGGUCGUGCCGGCUGAUCUGCAUGCUGUGCUUGACGUCGGUCUUCUUCGUCACGGAGCUCGUGAGCGGCUACGUGGGAAACUCGCUGGCUCUCGUGGCCGACUCGUUCAACAUGCUGUCGGACGCCCUCUCGCUCACCUCGGGCCUCGCGUCGGCGAGGCUGGCGCGAUGGCCUGCCACUUCGAGGCACACCUACGGGCUGGUGCGCGGCGAGGUGGUGAGCGCCCUGGCCACUGCCUCGUUCCUCGUGGCGCUGUCCCUAUCAGUGGCGGUGCAGGCGCUCAAGGCCCUGUCCCAACCGGACGUCAUCGACAACCCCAAGCUGGUGCUCAUCGUCGGGGCGCUGGGGCUCUCGGUGAACUUGACGGGCUUGAUGCUCUUCCAAGAUUGCUUCUCGUGCAGCCGGCUGUGCGCGAGGUUCAACGCCGCAGAGGUUACCGACGAUCGCAAGCCGAGAACGGGAGAAGAAGAAAUGGGAGCCUCCGUUAAAAGGUCCAAAGAAAAUGCCAUUAAUAUCCGAGGGGUGCUGCUCCACACGCUGGGGGAUGCGCUCGGCUCCGUCACCGUGGUCAUCACCGCCAUCGUCUUCAACGUGAGGCCCAUAACCAGCAAGGAGCAGUGCAACUGGCAGUGCUACAUCGACCCAGCCCUCACCAUCGCCAUGACCCUCAUCAUCAUCACCUCCGCGGUGCGUCUCAUACGGGAGGCGGCCGUGAUUCUGCUGCAGAUCGUGCCUCCGGACAUUCUCAUCAAGGAUAUCGAGCAGAAGCUGAGUGGGAUUCCAGGCGUCCAAUCCAUCCACCGCCUGCAUGUCUGGCGGCUGACGGCCGGCCGGGACGUGGCCAGCGUUCACAUCAAGUGCGCGGGGAUGUCCGACUACGCCACGGCAGGCCUCCACAUCCACGACCUGCUGCAGCUGGAGGGCAUCGACGACAUCACCGUGCAGCCCGAGUUUGCGCUGCCGCGUCACGGCGACUGCGAGUUUCCCUUCCCCGUGGCGGACGACUGCAAUGAACGGGGGGCCUGCAGCGUGCCCGAGAAGGACGAGUGGAGCGCCGCGACCCCGGUCACUGAGAAGGCCGGAGGCGAGCGGCUUGGGGUCACGCAGAAUGGAGCGGACGCACAAUGUGGAGUGCACGUCGUCACGAGGAGCUCCAGGUUGUGAUUAGUUGCUUGAAUGAGCAGAAAGAGUUUUUUUUUGUAAAUGGGUUUGUCUCUCUGUCAUUUUCAUUAUUGUCAGAGCUGGCCUCAGCAUACGUGGCGCCGAGGGCAGACAACAAUUGUAGUCGAGCCAAUUGGCGCCCCUCACGGCGCUGUGCCCGGGUCAUCCAUCCACAAGGUCGGCCCUCUCAUAAAGUUGAUUGAGGGCCAGCUUGGUUGAAGUGAGGUCUGUUUUACUGUUUUGCUGCCUUGCCACUGGCUGCUGAGUGAUACUAGAAUUCGUGACUUUUAUGAGAGCAGGCAAUUGUAAAACAAUUGGACCUUGCUAGCGCCACCUCGCUUGAGAGGAUGAGAUCCCCCAUCCAUGUCUCUGCCACCCAGUGACUCCGCAGUCAAAUCGCUAACCAGUUGCCUGCAACCUAUGGGUUGAAUGCAGUUAAAAAGUGUGGGACAAAUGGCUGAGUCUCAGAAAAAAGACAACCACGUCCUUCUCCUUCAUCGUGUGAUGCCUUUGAUGGAGGCUGCGUUUCUGCCACUUGUGUUUCAAAGCCGAUGUCCACACGCCACUACGUUGAUUGAGUUGAUGUUCUCACGCUUGGGUGACCACUUUCAGUGGGUUCAUAUCAGGGAGGGGGCAUUUUUGACCCAUGGUGACCAGGGAUGGGGGGUUGUUUAUUCUUAAUCCUUAACAAGGUUGCAAAACUGUAUAAUUGUUACAGUAAUAUCCAUAAUGAAAAAUUGUAAAUAUUUUUUUAUAUUUUGGCUAAUUUAAGUGGCACUCUGGAGAUAUACAGUACAUUAUGUACGUAUUACAAUAAACAACCAAGGUUCUCAAGAAAUAUUAAGAACCUUCAAUUGUAUUAUCUUGCGAAGAAAUAUAUAUAUUUUUAAAGGAUUUCGUUGGAAUCAACUUCACACUUAACAGCUGUGAUGUAACACUGUACAGGACAUCUCUAAAUUGCAGCCAUACACAUUGUUACAUAUCAAAUGUCAAAUAAAAGAUUGAUACAUUA